CGGAGCGGCUCGGGACUCCGGGGAACUGGCGCUCAUGAACGUGAACGCGUUACCGUUACCAAGCCUUUCUGUUUCGUCGAGCGGGAAUCCGACGCUGCGAAAACAAACGCAGAAGUAUGAAGUGCCGAAGAUGAUAGAUGACCAAUCUCACUGCAUGGUAUUAUAUUACUGUGUGUGAGGACCGAGAAUGCGUCGUUGCAUCUUGUUGCGAAGAACAGGUCACAAUUGAGGACUUCGUUGGAAGAUUGCGCGUCACUAUAGAAAUGUAUCUUGGUUAAAAUUCAACUCAAGGUGCGAUGGCGUUGUCAGCUCAGCCGGAGACGCGAAAGUUUACGCGCGGUCUGAGUAAACCCGGCACCGCGGCGGAGUUGCGUCAGAGCGUCUCCGAGGUGGUGCGCACUUCUGUAUUAGUGAUAAAACCAAAAGUGAUUGAGCCACUGGAUUAUGAGAAUGUUCUCGUCCAGAGAAAGACACAGAUACUCAGUGAUGUCCUCCGGGACAUGCUGCAGUUUCCUAUUGAUGACUUUCAGAUCUCCACUUUGAAGCGUCAGGGCAGAACUCUGUAUUCUUCAGUACCAGAUGGGGCAGAAAAGAGAGCCAGCAGCCUGUUCGUCCAGGAGUGCCUCAAGACCUACAACUCUGACUGGCAUGUGGUGACGUACAAGUAUGAGGAUUAUUCAGGAGACUUCCGCCAACUUCCAAAUAAAGUUCCUCGGCCAGAGAAGCUAGCCAGUCACGUGUUUGAGGUGGACGAAGAUGCAGAUAAGGAGGAGGAUGCUGCCUCAUUGGGCUCUCAAAAAGGGGGCGUGUCCAAGCACGGCUGGCUGCAUAAGGCAAACAUGAACAGUGCCAUCAGUGUUACAAUGAGGUCUUUUAAGAGAAGGUAUUUCCACUUGACCCAGCUGGGAGAUGGAUCAUACAACUUGAAUUUCUACAAAGAUGAGAAAAUAUCCAAAGAACCCAAAGGAACCAUUUUCCUGGACUCCUGCAUGGGUGUUGUCCAGAACAGCAAGGUGCGGCGUUUCGCGUUCGAGCUGAAGAUGCAGGAUAAAAGCACUUAUCUUCUGGCUGCAGACAGCGAGGGAGAGAUGGAUGACUGGAUCGGCACCCUCAACAAGAUCCUCCACAGCAGCUUUGAGAUCGCCAUGCAGGAGAGGAGGAACGGAGAGCUCCACGAUGAGGAUGAGCUGGGGAAGACAGACACUGUGCCGGGGAAUUUUCAGGACAGUUUCCAGAGUGCGAGAGACAUCGAGUCCAAAAUGAGAAGUGAGACUCGUCUCAAGCUCUUCACUCUGGAUCCUGACACACAGAGACUGGAUUUGUCUGGCAUCGAGCCUGAUGUGAAACAGUUCGAGGAGAAGUUUGGGAAGAGAGUUUUGGUCAACUGUAAUGAUCUGUCCUUCAACCUUCAGAGCUGCGUGGCGGAGAAUGAGGAGGGACCUACUACAAACGUGGAGCCCUUCUUCUUGGUCCUUUCCCUGUUUGACGUGCAGAACAGCCGAAAAAUAUCUGCAGAUUUUCACGUGGAUCUGAACAAUCCACUGGUCCGAUCCAUGAUCCCUCCACCUGGCGCGCAGAUGAACGGAGGUGUUGACCAACUUCAUGGCGAAACACUGCUCUCUGAACUGCCAGAGGGGGCGCUGCAGUACCCUAGAAAAGGUGUCUUCUCUGUAACGUGUCCACACCCUGACAUCUUUCUGGUCGCACGGAUGGAGAAAGUUCUGCAGGGAGGCAUCACCCACUGUGCUGAGCCCUACAUGAAGAACUCCGACUCCAGCAAGGUUGCUCAGAAGGUCCUAAAGAAUGCCAAGCUGGCCUGCAGCAGACUGGGCCAGUACAGGAUGCCUUUCGCAUGGGCGGCCCGGCCUGUGUUCAAAGACGCCUCAGGAGCUCUGGAUAAAAGCGCUCGGUUCUCUGCGCUGUACCGGCAGGACGGUAAUAAACUCUCCGAAGAGGAUCUCUUCAAACUGCUGGCAGAUUUUAGGAAACCUGAGAAGAUGGCCAAGCUACCUGUCAUCUUGGGUAACCUGGAUGUGACCAUUGAUAAUGUCCCUCCUGAUAUGGCUAAUUGUGUGACCCCAUCCUACAUCCCGGUGAGGCCCUCUGAGAACAACGGGCAGAGCGAUGGUUUUCUGAUGGAGAUGGAAGAGUUUGUUCCCUGUAUUGCCAAGUGCUCUCAGCCCUUCACCACAUACAACAAUCAUCUCUACGUCUAUCCCAAGCACCUCAAAUAUGACAACCAGAAGUCGUUCGCCAAGGCUAGGAACAUUGCGGUGUGCGUGGAAUUCAGAGAGUCGGAUGAAGAGAAUGCUCAACCUCUGAAGUGUAUAUAUGGUCGUCCAGGAGGUCCUCUCUUCACCAAACAUGCCUACGCAGCUGUUUUGCACCACCAACAGAAUCCAGAGUUUUAUGAUGAGAUUAAAAUCGAGUUGCCCACACAGCUCCAUGAGAAGCAUCAUCUGCUCUUUACUUUUUACCACAUCAGCUGUGACAGCAGCACAAAGAAACGGGAUGUAGUGGAGACCCCAGUGGGCUCUGCCUGGCUUCCUCUGCUUAAAGAUGGACGUGUUGUUAUGAGUGAGCAAAACAUCUCUGUGGCAGCCAACUUACCAAAUGGUUACCUCAGCUGCCAGGAGGGUGUAAGCAAGCACUCCAGUCCUGAGAUAAAAUGGGUGGAUGGAGGACGUCCUCUGUUCAAACUUUCCACACAUUUGGUCUCUACCAUUUACACUCAGGAUCAGCAUCUGCACAACUUCUUCCAUCAUUUUCAGAGUAGUCAGUCUGUAACUCCACGUCCAGCUGAGGGCGAGCUUGUGAAAUACCUCAAGAGUCUCCAUGCCAUGGAAGGUCAUGUGAUGAUCAAAUUCCUGCCGACUAUUUUAAACCAGCUGGUUCAUGUUCUGACAAGCACCAGUAAUGAAGAUGUGGCUGUUAACACCACCAGGGUCAUGGUCCACAUUGUUGCCCAGUGCCACGAGGAGGGUCUAGAGCACUAUCUAAGAUCAUAUGUUAAAUAUGUCUUUAAAACAGAGUCCUACUCAACUAAUAAUGGUAAAACAGUGCAUGAAGAGUUGGCCAAGGCUAUGACUUCCAUCUUAAAGCCUUCGACUGACUUCUUAACCUGCAACAAGCUUCUCAAGUAUUCGUGGUAUUUUUUUGAAGCCUUGGUAAAGUCGAUGGCUCAAUACCUGAUGGAGAGCGGCAAGGUGAAGCUGUCCAGGAACCAGCGGUUUACGGCAUCAUUCCAUCAUGCUGUGGAGACGUUGGUGAAUAUGCUGAUGCCCCACAUCACACAUAAGUAUAAGGACAAUCUGGACGCUGCCCGUAAUGCCAACCACAGCCUGGCUGUCUUCAUAAAGCGCUGUUUUACCUUUAUGGAUCGAGGAUUCGUCUUUAAACAGAUAAACAAUUACAUCACCUGUUUUGUGCCUGGAGAUCCCAAGACGCUGUAUGAGUUUAAGUUUGAAUUCCUGCGGGUGGUGUGUAACCACGAACAUUACGUCCCCCUCAACCUGCCCAUGCCUUUUGGAAAGGGCCGUAUUCAGAGGUUCCAAGAUCUGCAGUUGGACUACUCCCUGACUGAUGAUUUCUGCAGGAAUCACUUCCUAGUGGGCUUGCUGUUAAGGGAAGUAUGUGGAGCCCUUCAGGAGUUCGGAGAAAUCCAUCAGAUCGCCAUUCAAGUGCUGAAGAGUCUGAUGAUAAAACACACUUUUGAUGACCGCUAUGCCUCAAAGAGCCAGCAAGCCCGGAUGGCGACACUGUAUCUGCCUUUGUUCGGGUUGCUACAGGAGAAUGUUCACCGACUAAAUGUGAGAGACACAUCUCAAUGUAGCACCAACCAGAACGGGCGAGAUGACCCCAGCAUCUCCACGGCAACUCCCCAGAAGCCUGUUGGUAAUCUUGACAACAGCCUUCAUAAAGAUGUGUUCGGGGUCAUCUCAGGCACUGCUUCUCCUCACACCUCCACGCCCAACAUCGGCUCUGUGCGCCAUGCUGAUUCUAGAGGCUCUCUGGUGAGCACUGACUCUGGAAACAGCCUCCCUGAGAAGACCAGUGAGAAAAACGGCUCUCUGGAUAAGACCCAGUCCGCCUCUGCUCUGGGCAGCUCUAUGCUACGCUGUGAUAAAUUGGAUAGAGAAGAAAUCAAAAACCUGCUCUUGUGUUUCCUCCAUGUCUUAAAGAGCAUGUCUGAAGAUGCCUUAUUUACAUACUGGAAUAAAGCCACAACCUCUGAACUGAUGGACUUCUUCACAUUACUAGAAGUGUGUCUGCAUCAGUUCAGGUAUAUGGGCAAGAGAUUCAUUGCCAGAAGCCAGGAGGGGGUGGGGUUUAUGGUUCCGGACAGGAAGUCGUUGACUCUUCCUGUGUCUCGUAACAGAGGGAGCGUCAUGCACACACGCUUACAUCAGCUGGGCAACCUGGAGAACGCACACACUUUCAACCACACGUAUUGUCAUGGUGAUGCUGACGCGUGUCUCCUGGAGGCUAACGUCUCGACGGAGGUCUGUUUGACUGUGCUGGACACACUCAGCGUCUUCAUCAUGGGCUUUAAGACGCAGCUGUGUGCCGAUUUGGGCCAUAACCCGCUGAUGAAGAAGGUUUUCCAAGUGCAUCUCUGUUUUCUUCAAAUCCCCCAAUCAGAGACGGCACUGAAGCAGGUCUUCACCUCUCUGCGUACCUUCAUUUACAAGUUUCCCUGUACGUUUUUUGACGGACGGGCAGAUAUGUGUGCCUGUCUGUGUUAUGAGAUCCUGAAGUGCUGUAAUUCCAAACUGAGCUCCAUACGCAGUGAUGCGGCCCACCUCCUGUAUUUCCUCAUGAAGAGCAACUUUGAGUACAGCGGCAGGAAAUCAUUCGUCCGCACACACCUGCAGGUGGUGAUUGCAGUCAGUCAGCUGAUCGCUGAUGUCAUCGGGAUCGGUGGCACGCGCUUUCAGCAGUCGCUGUCCAUCAUUAACAAUUGCGCCAACAGCGACAAAAGCGUAAAGCACACUGCUUUUCCCUCAGACGUGAAGGACCUGACCAAGCGGAUCCGCACGGUGCUGAUGGCCACCGAGCAGAUGAAGGAACACGAGAAAGACCCGGAGAUGUUGGUGGACCUGCAGUACAGCCUGGCCAAAUCCUACACCAGCACCCCUGAACUGCGCAAAACCUGGCUGGACAGCAUGGCCAAGAUCCACGUGAAGAACGGAGAUCUGUCUGAGGCUGCAAUGUGUUAUGUGCAUGUGGCAGCGCUGGUGGCCGAGUACCUAAAGAGGAAAGGAAUGUUCCGUCAGGGCUGCACCGCAUUUCGUGUGAUCACACCCAACAUUGAUGAGGAGGCGGCCAUGAUGGAGGAUGUGGGGAUGCAAGACGUUCACUUUAAUGAGGAGGUGCUGAUGGAGUUGUUGGAAGCUUGCGCUGACGGUUUAUGGAAAGCUGAACGUUACGAACUCAUUGCAGACAUCUACAAACUCAUCAUCCCGAUUUAUGAACAACGCAGAGACUUUGAGAAACUGGCCCACCUGUAUGACACGUUACAUCGCGCCUACACUAAAGUGAUGGAAGUGAUGCAUUCUGGGAAGAGGCUACUUGGGACCUUCUUCAGAGUGGCGUUUUUUGGCCAGGGUUUCUUUGAAGAUGAGGACGGAAAGGAAUACAUCUAUAAAGAACCAAAGUUUACUCCUCUCUCUGAGAUCUCCCAACGCCUCCUCAAACUUUAUUCGGACAAGUUUGGCCAAGAAAAUGUCAAAAUGAUCCAGGACUCUGGCAGGGUGAACCCUAAAGACCUGGAGGCAAAGUUUGCCUACAUCCAGGUGACGCACGUGACCCCGUACCUGGAGGAAAAAGAGCUGGAGGAGAGAAAGACGGACUUUGAGAGGAGCCAUAACAUCCGGCGGUUUGUGUUCGAAACACCAUUUACAGAGUCGGGCAAGAGGCACGGUGGGGUCGAGGAACAGUGCAAACGCAGGACGGUCCUUACUACCACUCACUGUUUCCCGUACGUCAAGAAGAGAAUAGCGGUGAUGUAUCAGCACCACACGGACCUGAGUCCCAUCGAGGUGGCCAUAGACGAGAUGAGUGGGAAAGUGGCGGAACUACGCGCUCUCUGCGCAACAACUGAGGUCGACAUGAUCCGUCUCCAACUUAAACUACAGGGGAGCAUCAGUGUACAGGUCAAUGCUGGACCGCUUACAUAUGCCAGAACGUUUCUUGAUGAUGCCUGCGCCAAGAAAUACCCAGAUAACAAAGUCAAGCAGCUAAAAGAAGUCUUCAGGCAGUUUGUGGAAGCGUGCGGACAGGCGCUGGCUGUAAAUGAAAGACUGAUCAAGGAUGACCAGCAGGAAUAUCACGAUGAGAUGAAAGCCAGUUACAGAGAUCUGACCAGAGAGCUUUCCCACAUCAUGCAUGAACAGAUUUCUGCAGUGUACGGCGGGACCAAGAGCGCUCUGUCUGUUUCGCUGCACAUUUUCAAUGCCAUCAGUGGCACGCCCAGCGGCUCCACCCUGCAUGGCAUGCCUAGCUCCGCCUCCUCCGUGUGACCUCUCACCCCUGGCCUUAAACCUCUGACCGGACCCACAGCUAGAGCGAGCACAUAUUGCAUAAAGACACAAAAUCGCAGAGAGAACAAAGAAUAAAUGGUAUUUAAUUGCCAUCUGUUAUAUGUCUUGAACAAGCACAGAUUCCCAUCAGUCGGCAUCCAGGACAUCGGGAUGGAACUGGUGUGUCUUGCGCCUGGAAUGGCUAAAAAUCCUCACGUGGCUUGAACGAUUGAAAGAAGGCAGUUUUUAUUCACGGGUGUUUGCUGUGGAGACUUUGGCAAACAUUAAGAAUCAGCCUUUUUACUUUCACAUUCCUUAUUUUUCUAGCAGGAAGUUUGAGCUUUACUGUACAAAAUACCUACGAUCACCUGAGCCACUCGAACUUCCCGUACAACCACUUUUCCUUGUUUUGUUUUUUCAUAGAGAUGUUAAAAGUCAAGAAACUAGUGCUGUUUCUUUGUAGGAGAGUGCAAUAAUUCUUUCUUCGUCCUGCUUUUGUUUUUUUAAGAUCUCUUGCCAAAGUGGGAGGGCUGGAUGUGAAAUGUAUACAGUAUGGACGUAAGAGAUGAACACAAGGAUUUUUAUAACCUUUCUGUAAUGUUUGUUUUAAUGUAAAUUGUUUUAUAUCAGGGUAUAUUAGAUAUGGGGGGUUAUUUUUAUUUAAAAUAAUGUUACCAGUCUGUAAAGAUAUCAAAGUCCCCAGAUCUCGGAUUAAAAUGUAUUAUACUGCAGUUUACUUGCAUCUUUUAUUCAAAGUUGAGUGUCGCGUCUAAACACGCUGACACGCAUUUCAGUUUUGAUUUGCUCAACAGUCUCGUGUAAAUCGCAGCUCCUCUUGAACAUUUUUUAUGUCUUUAUUACAGCACACUUUAUCAUUUCCUUCUCAAUCCAAGAUCCUUAUAAAGUUCAUUAUGAAUUGAUUGCUUUUCCUCAUAUGUACAAAAUUUACAGUCUUUAAUCUUUGGUUUAUGACCUACCGCAGUGUUCAGAUUAUGAGGCCUUUAGACACAUUUCUAGUAUCAAUUGGCCGGCAUUAAUCUUGUCGUAAAUCAUCUCUGUCAUAUUUAAAGCUCUCGCCAUGUUGUUUAGAGAGAUCAUUUGGAUAAAGCACUGCAUUUUUUGCCUACAUUUUGUGCAUUCUGAAUAAAACAUGCUGACUGGACUCUACGCUCGCACUGUCCUGUCAAUCUGCCCCCUCUCCUAUCUGAGCUCGGGCUGGGCAGUUUGUUUACGUCUCUCGCGCUCUCUCUGUCACUUCCAUCAAAUCAAACCAUCAAAUCUCCAAACGCCAGUCAUCUCAUGUGAGUGUCGAUGUUUUGGCCUCUUUUUGGUGUACCGAGUUAACGAAAGACUUCAACACCUGUGCAUAACAGCUGACAAUGACAUUGUGGUUUGUAAGAGUCGUUCACAUCAACAUCACAGUCAGUAAAUCUCAACUGUGUGAUUAUGUUGUCAUAACUGUAGUGAUGUUGUGGCAGGUGUCUGUGUAACGGGGUUGUAUCUAAACCUAUCUUGAAAAGGUAAUAAAUGGCAUUAUGAGGGGGUUUGUGAAUGAUCAUGUUGUGUGCUGGGAGUGUUUCGAUGUGGCAGGGUUACCCGGCGUAUCUAAUCGAUUUUCUGUCAGUAUGCAGUUUGAGCUAUUGAGAGUCAUGUGAAAGGAGUUAAUAAUUACAUUAAAUAAGCCUUCACUAUCUGUGUCAUGAUUAAAAGUGUAUUGUUAAGUAUUUUGCUUGAUACUUUUCACAACAGAGAUCUGUUUAUACUAAAAU